GUCGUCAUUGUUUUUAAAACUUGCAUCCGCUCAUAGUUGCCGCGUCCCCCUUGCUAUCAUUGACCGUUUCGAGACCAACCACACUUGCAACGGUUCUCCUCGUUUUCUCUCUUGUCUUCUCCGGGGCCUUUUGUCAAACACCUUGUCUUUGUCGACCCCUCUCAGACCACCCCUUGCGCGCAUCCGAAAUUUGUCCCGAACCCGACCCGGGUUGUUGUUACCGAUGGGUCCGGAUCAUCCCCUAACAUCUAUAAAACAUCACCGUUUUCUUUGUUGGACGCUCUAGCCUACUUAUUCUCAACCGCCCUAUUAUAAUCGGACGGACCGGAUUAACCCCUACCUAUAUAACUAGACCAACCCUAAUCUUUAGGGGACUUGUCCCAUCCUCCCAGCCAGCCACCGCCGCCACUCCACCAAAUCUCUCUCGGGAUCCAUCCCCUCCUCGAUUUCACACACCAGCCAACCAAAUCCAUCUCCUCCUACAUCCAAUCGAGCCAGCCAGCCACCACCAAAUCCCCCCCUUGCCUCGCUCACGCCCACAAGAGAGGAGCUCCUCCUAUGCCCGAGCGCUCCUCUCCACGCCGGCAUCCCCGUCCCGACCAGCAAGUCGCCGUCUCCUCGCGCCCCUUCUUCCCUUUCUCUGGUUCCUCCCCUGCUCCUUUUCCCUUCCUUCUUUCUCUCUCUCUUACGCGAGCUCUCUCCUUGUUCUCUUCUUCACAGGGAAUCGAGCAGCCAUGGCCGCCGUUUGUCCUCGUCGCCACCCUUCGGAUCCGCGCCGGAUCAGCCUCCUCCGCGACCUCCCCUUCUUGCUGGAGUCCCUCCCCGCUGCAACUCCCUCGAACAAGAUCGGGGUCGAGCCUCCCGCUCCUGCCGUCCCCGUUGACCCGCGCCCGUCCGCCUCGGAGCCGGCCUCCACCGCCUCCUCCGCAUCUGCUUCGCCUCGCCGGAGCUCCGUACGCGUCGCUGCCGUCGUCUUCGUGCCGCAGCCCAAGCGCUGCCCCGAGUCGCACUGCCUCCUUCUGUCGGGAGCACACAGCGGAAGCCGCCCCUGCCGCGUUGACCGCCAAGUCCCACGCCGCCCCGCCUGCUCCUUCAAGUCCGUCGAGGCCGGUCCUCCCUGCUGCCCUCUCGCCCGGAUCCAGCCACCCCUGCUUCCCGUCGCGCCGCCCGCCACCAAGUCCUUCGUCACCGGCCUCUGCUUCCUCUGCAACGAGCAGAAGCUCUGCUCGUCCCACGCGCCUGGAGAUCGAGCAGCUGCGCUCGUUCUCGAGAGCGUUGACCAGGCCCGCAGCCGCAACAGCGUGUGGCCCAGCUCCUCCUGCGCCAGGGCCCAAUCUUCGGUUUCGUUCAGGAGUUGUGAGGAUUCGUUCGACUACAUCCGUUUGUCUUCUUCAUGGACUCGUUCUUCUUCCUAGCGGGAUCUCAGG